UUUUCUCUUCUAGGGCGUCUCUCAUUCUUUCUCUUCAUUCACUCCCGACCCCCUCACCUGCUGCUGUGAACUCGGUCACUGUGAGCCAUGGCUUCAGAGAAGAAGCUCGCGAACCCUAUGAGGGAGAUUAAGGUGCAGAAACUCGUGCUUAACAUCUCCGUCGGAGAAAGCGGAGAUCGUCUUACCAGAGCCUCUAAGGUGUUGGAGCAGUUGAGUGGUCAAACUCCUGUGUUCUCCAAGGCUAGGUACACCGUGCGGUCGUUUGGAAUUAGACGUAACGAAAAGAUUGCUUGCUACGUUACCGUCAGGGGUGACAAGGCGAUGCAGCUUCUGGAAAGCGGAUUGAAGGUGAAGGAAUACGAGCUCCUGAGGAGGAAUUUCAGUGAUACCGGCUGCUUCGGUUUUGGUAUUCAGGAACAUAUCGAUCUUGGAAUCAAGUAUGAUCCCUCGACAGGCAUUUAUGGUAUGGACUUCUAUGUUGUUCUGGAACGUCCAGGCUACCGUGUAGGGCGUCGCCGCAGGUGCAAGUCCCGUGUCGGAAUCCAGCAUAGGGUCACAAAAGAAGACGCGAUGAAGUGGUUCCAGGUCAAGUAUGAGGGUGUGAUCCUUAACAAGUCUCAGUCGAACACUUCUUAGAGAGAUAAAAAGUACAACUUAAACUUGGGUCAAUUUUAAGUUUUGACAAGCUUAAAUUACCUUUUUGUUCUUUGUAGAGAGUUGAGUUUGUCGACUCUUAAUUUGUUAUCCCUAGAAUUGGUUAUUGCAGUAGUAAUUUUGUCUUA